AUGUCAGAUGAGACACCAAAAAACGUCAGUUUAUCACAAGACGACUUCUCUUUCGAGGGUGUCAAGAUGGAAGACUUGAGUGAAGCUUUUUGCAAAAGCUUUUUCGAGACGAAUGAUAGUAUGACUGAGGAUCUCGUAGAACAAUUUAUCAUCAAACGAUUCAGAAGUUAUCCUCGAGAGAAGAGAACUCGGCGAAAGGCAAUCACUGAUAUCAAUAGGAAAGGAUCACCAAGCGCCAGUGGAGGCAAUGGGCCGUGUCGUGUUGAUAGUUCCUUAUUGGUACUUACCAAAAAGUUUAUGCAGCUACAACCUUCGGCGAAUGAGAAAGGAUUGUUGAAUUUGAAUGAGGCAGCUGAAAAGCUUGGUGUGCAGAAACGUCGUCUUUACGAUAUAACGAACGUACUCGAGGGUAUCAACAUGAUCGAAAAGAUGGGCAAAAACAGCAUUAGAUGGAAGACGAACGAAGAUUUUGGUUCUCGAGGCGUUGAGGCACAAAGACUUCGUGACGAGAAUCAAGAGCUGGAGAAGCAUGAAGCGGAACUUGAUUUUCUUCUCAACGAUGUUUCAAAUGCGCUCAGAUUAGCGAAAGAGGACCCCACCGAUAAACCAUAUUAUUACGUUAGCUACACUGAUCUUCGAUCAUUGCCCCACAUGCAACAACAAACCCUAAUUGCCAUCAAAGCACCAACCGACUCUUUUUCAUCGAUCGAAGUCACAGAUCCUGUUGAAACUGGCAAAUUUGAAAUAUUGGUUCGUAACGAGAACGGUGGACAGCUUCAAGCGUUUCUUUGUCCUGAUGCAGAUGCUUAUAGAGCAUCAAAUUUAUCUGAUGAUCCCAUGACAACUGAUAUCACACCUGGAUCAAGCGCACAGCAGAAUGCAGCAUGGCAAGAAGCAUCUCGAUGCAACAGUGAUCAGUUACAAUUGCCUACCGGUUCAAAUACAACAACCGAUUCAGGAAUGGACACUUUGGAAACGCCCUCGAAGGUGUGCAUUCCACACUCAGCUACACUGCCUAUUUGGUCAAGUGCUUCCGCAUUUCCAUCGCCGCUCAAAGUGGUCACGGAUGGUAUUCCACAGCAAUGUGGAAUCAGUUCAAAUUCGUCUAUGUCAGAAACAACGAACGCUUUGUUGAGCUUGGAUCCAGUUCCAGACCAAGAACCGUACAUAUUUUCGUUGCAAGGUAACGAAGGGAUGAAUCAGCUGUACAACUGGUGA